GUCAUUAUUUGCACAAAUUUAUCUAGCAUUGAUGCAACUGACUGGACACUCCCACUAAUUUGUGUGAAUAAAAAGAAAAAUUGUGGGGGCAACUUCUGACAGAGUAGUUUCUCUAACCUAACUUCUUCAUCUCAAGGAUCUGACCACAUUCAAGAGGAAAAAUGGUGCGGUAUAAAGUGACUGUAUUCACUGGUGAUUGCCUUAAUUCCACUACUCUUAACAAUGUCUUCAUUAAGCUGGUGGGCACAGAUGGGGAGAGUGAUCGCAAGUGGCUCGUGGGCUUGAAAGGGGCUUCAUCCUUCGUCAGAGGAGCCGUAUCAAAGUUUAAGGUGUUCUGCUCCACUUCCCUUGGAAAUCUUGUGCUGAUAGAGUUAGACAAAAAGUCUCUCCCACUGUUCCUGGAGGACGCUUGGUUUUGUGCCAAGGUGGAAGUGAAAUCCCCUGAAGGAGACAUCUACAGCUUUCCCAUCUACCGCUGGAUCACCGAUACAAAGGUGCACCGCUUCAGGGAUGGAAAAGCUCUGAGAGUCUUUGAAGACAACCAUCAUCUUGGCAGGUACAGUCGGCAGCAGGAGAUUCAGCAGCGAGAGGAAGACUAUCGCUGGGAUGCAUAUGCAGAGGGAAUACCUCACUCCAUGAAGGCAGAAAACCCAUCGUCACUCCCGUAUGAGGUUCAGUUCUCCUUCACCAAAACUACAGAGUUUCUCUACACUGCUUCCACAGGACUGACUGAGCUGAAGCUGAAGGGACUGGAUAACUGUAAGAAGAAGUGGGAUAAUAUUGACAGCAUCAAUCGAGUGUUUUGCUGCAAAAAGACUGAAAUAUCAGAAUAUGUUCAGGAACACUGGAAAGAGGAUGCAUUCUUUGGCUACCAGUUUCUAAAUGGUGUCAACCCCAUUUUGAUCCAGUGUUGUACAGCCCUGCCCAGUAACUUCCCUGUCACUGAUGACAUGGUCUUUCCCCAUGGCCAGUGCAGCCUGGCAGAUGAAAUGAAGAAAGGGAACAUAUUCCUGUGUGACUACAAGCGUCUGGAUGGGGUGAAAACAAACACCAUCAAUGGGAAGAAGCAGUACUUGAUGGCUCCUCUCGUCCUGCUCCACAAAGCUCCUGAUGAUAAGCUAAUGCCGAUUGCCAUUCAGCUGAAGCAGAAUCCGUCAGAUGACAAUCCAAUCUUUCUUCCUACUGAUUCUGAAUACGACUGGUUGAUCGCCAAGACUUUUGUGAGAAGUGCAGAUUUCAAUCACCAUCAGCUCAACGCUCACCUGCUGCGCACACAUUUGCUGGCUGAGGUUUUUGCAGUGUCACUGCUGCGCAACGUGCCCAUGGUGCAUCCUCUGUACAAGCUCCUCAAACCUCACACACGCUACACUCUGCAGAUCAACUUCUUAGCUCGACGCCUUCUAAUUUCUGACACUGGCGCUUUCACUCAGUUUGCAGGGUCAGGUGGAGAGGGCAUGUUUACGAUCCUGCAGAGGUCAGUGUCCUCAUUAACCUACAGCUCCCUCUGUAUGCCAGAUGACAUUGCUGAACGUGGCCUAGAGGCUGUGCCAAACUUCUUCUACAGGGAUGAUGGCCUAAAGGUUUGGGAUAUCAUCCACAGGUUUGUUCAGGGAAUGCUCAGCUACUACUACAAGAGUGACAGCGAGGUCCAGGAGGACUCUGAACUUCAGAAGUGGAUUUUGGACAUUUUUGAACACGGGUUCCUUUCUCAAGCAGAAACAGGAAUUCCUCAGAGAUUUACCCGUGUGACUGAGUUGGUGAAGUUUGUCACCAUGGUGAUCUUCGCCUGCUCAGCCCAGCAUGCAGCUGUGAACAGUGGACAGUAUGACUAUGGUGGCUGGAUGCCCAACACUCCCAUCUCCCUGCAACUCCCGCCACCGACCACAAAGGGGACGACAAGCGAGGCCACGAUGUUGGCGACCUUCCCUGACGUCAAUGUAACAGUUCAGGGCAUGGCCACCAUGUGGCUGCUCAGCAAGCAGUCCAGUGACUUUGUUCCCCUUGGCCAGUACCCAGAGGACCAUUUUACUGAGGAGAUUCCCCGCAAGAUAUUAAAGGAUUUUCAGAUGGAGCUUGAAGAUUUAAGUUUAGUCAUCAGAGCCAGAAACAAGCGUUUAGAAGUGCCAUACACCUACAUGGAUCCAGCACAGGUAGAAAACAGCGUGGCCAUUUGAAUAUUAGAAGACUCAGCUGUGAGAUAAAAUUCAGCUCCCUCCUCAAAUAAAAGCAGCCAAAGAAAGUUCGGACUUAUACUGAUGAAAUAGCUGAAAUAGAACUUAAUGCUUCUAAUUAUUGUAUGCUGAUUUGUGAAUUUUAUCCAUCUGCUGUGAUCUGUUGUAGAGUAGAAGCUUAAAACCUCUUCUGAUUUUCAGAAGUGGUUUGAAAAUCAAUGUCCCAAAGUGUCCCAUCCUUUCAAAAACACGUCAAAGAAAACUGAUAUUAUUGUGAACAAAUCAUGACCCUUUUUAGUGAUUGAAUUUUGUUAAAGUCUGUCUUAAAGAAGUUUCAACCUCUGAGCCAGUGUUUGAAAACAUUUACCAAAUUUUGUUUUUAUUUUAAUUUUUUUUAGCUAAACCCCCCCCGCUGCAUUUCUCCCAUAUAGACACUUAUUUAAUUUAAGAAAUAUGUCUCUCUUCUGUCUUGAAUGCAUGUGUAUGUUUGAGGGCAUGGUCUGUUUACCUCAGAGUUGAUCAAUCUGUGUUUGUCUGUCUCCCUGUAAAAUGCUCACCUGCCAAAGCUCAACUCAUUAACCUCACCUGUUCCUCAUCUGGUUAUCAAGCUGCUUCUUAAGGCUAAAGUAAAUACUCAGCCAUCAUUCGAUUGUGCUCUGCCCUCUGGCCCUUAGUUUAUUUUUGGUAGCUAAGCUCUGUUUCUGUGAAGACCUCUCACUGUAUUUGGAUUUCCUUCGAGUUUAUGUGACAGUGUGUGUGUGUGUGUGUGUGUGUGUGUGUGUGUGUGUGUGUGUGUGUGUGUGUGUGUGUGUGUGUGUGUGUGUGUGUGUGUGUGUGUGUGUGUGUGUGUGUGUG